AGCGGAGCUGAAGGACUAAGUGGGCAGCAGACUGAUCGCAUCACGUCAGUGUCUCUGAGAGUGCGUCUCUAAGAAGCCACCAUGGCAUACACUCUGCUGCUUUCUGUCUACAUUAUCACCUUCCUCAUGGGAGUUCCUGCCAACAUCCUGGCAUUUGGUACCUUCUGCCGCAAGGUGUAUCGCAAGCCAACCCCGAUAGACAUCCUCCUCCUCAACCUGACCAUCUCAGACCUGAUUUUCCUGGCUUUGCUGCCUUUUAAAAUGAAGGAGGCCUUUGAUGACAUGGAGUGGUUGGUGCCCUACUCCCUCUGUCCCUUAACUGGUUUUCUCUUCUAUGUUACCAUCUACAACAGCACCCUGCUGCUCACCGCCGUGAGUGUGGAGCGUUACCUAGGGGUCGCCCACCCCAUCAGGCAUUCCCUCAAUCGGCGGCCUCGUUAUGCUUUGUUGGCCUGCGUCAUGUUCUGGUUGCUAACGUCUCUGAACCUCAUCGUCGUCUACAUCAUGCCUUACCUCCAGUGGAGAGACACCAAUGGCAGCACUCCCGCCACACCUCCACCUAACUGCUACCUAAAUUUCUCCGAUAAAGAGCUUGCAAUCCUGCUGCCGUUCCGCCUCGAGCUCUUCCUCGUCCUCUUCUGCAUCCCCUUCAUCAUCUGCUGCUUCUGCUAUGUCAACCUAAUCCUUAUCCUGUCCCGUCUCCCAAAUAUCAGCAGGCGGCGGAGGCUGCGAUGCAUUGGUCUGGCUCUUGGCACACUGAUCGUAUUCUGCGUCUGUUUUGGUCCUUACAACAUCUCCCAUGUGGUGGGCUUUGUCAAUAAGGAGAAUCAGGAGUGGAGGACUGUGGCGUUGCUUUCCAGCACCUUAAAUGCCUGCCUGGAUCCAUUUAUCUUCUACUUGUCCUCGUCAGCUGUUAGAAGCAUGUUAAAGCACUGCUUCAGGAACAUCACAGCAAAGCUGCACAUCCUGCGGUGUGAAGGUACUCAUCACCGUCCUCAACAGAAACCAGAAACCGAAAAAUACAAGAAAGCAGAACCUUCUUGAAAGUUCUAGAGAAAUUGUGAAUGUAUUUAUUUUAUACAAAAGAUAUGGACAAAAUGAAAAGCCAGGAAAUGUUGUUCCACUGUGUGACUUUGAGUCAGUUGCUGUCAGUGGUUUAAUUUAUUUAAGGUAAAAUAUUUAAAGCUGAGUUUGAGUGAUAUGAAUUAAUUUCUGUAUUGUAAUGUGUGUUAACUGUGUUACUGUUGAUUUUAUCAACUGAUGUCAUAAAUAACCAUAGUAUUUUGUUACCAACUUAAAUAGGACUUUAAAUAAGAGCUAAAGAAAAAUCUGGUUUAGAUUAGUUUUAUCUCCUGAAAAUAAGGUAAUUAUUAUUUUUUCCCCUGAAUCAGGUCUUAUUAUGAUUAAGAUCUGAGAACACGAAAACAAAUAGAUAUAAACACAGUCUGCAAACCAAACUAGUAGAACUACACAACCAAAGAAAUAAACUAUGAAAACAGUCAAACUCUGAUAAAUGUUUCAAAACUCUCCAAAGGAGGAUAAUGUAUUUUAAAUGAAGUUUUAUCCACCUAAAAAAAGACAAAAGUUAUAGCUAUGCUUAAAAAGUAAUAUUGAAAGUGUAUCAAUUCCUGAUGUGGAUCAAAUGGUAUCAUGCACAAAAAGGUUCAUGCUGAAAAAUUGAGUAGGAGUAAUAACUGUUACUAGAACAGUGCAAAAAUAAGUGAGCCAAGGACAGAACCCUGUGGAACCCCAUUUUGGAUUGGUUGAGAUAUGUGGACCAGCUUUUGAAGAUUAACUCUGAGUUAUUAUUUAUCUGAUGAAAAAGAGCACUUCUUUGUUACACUUUGAAUACAGUAAGAACUAAAAAGGUUUUUUGUUUUUUUAGUUAUUUGCUCAGGUGGAAUGAUAAUAUAUGUAUGGAGGUCUAGACUGUUAUAAAGCUAAAGCUUAUUAUCUUUUUGUUCAUCUUUACUCAGAGGCUAGAGGUGCACUGUCCGUCUGUCUUUUGGCUAUAAAUGUAACAGGAAACAGACCCUUCAGAGCACCUGCUGUAUACACGGUGCUGUACUCAUGUCACUCAGAGUUCAACAAGGACACUGUUUAAUUAAAGAUAAUUGCUUUAUCCCUAUAAAACACUUAAAAAAAACCCCAUGUUAGACCAUAUAGGCAGGAAGCGGAGAGACUGUACAUUGCUGAGCUAAUAUGAAAUUAUGAGCACAGACAGCCUGGAAGUGUAAACACAGAGAUUAAACAUGGAUGUAGUGACACAGUUAUAAAGUGUGUGUCCUUGUGCUUUGUAGAGACUUAAGACAGGUAACUGAUAACUGACUUCAGGCCAUUUCCUGUCAGUAACAAUGAACGCUGCACUCUUGCGCAGGUGCAGAGAUGUACACACCUCAUAGCCCUUUAUCGUGUCCAGGUGUACACUGCACUCAGUGUGCACAAACACAGUUUAUUUGGAGCUGUCAGGCUGAAUG